AUGUCAUUCACAGUCAAUAAAAGCACAAAGCUAGCCGAUCUUAUACAUUAUCGUCUCAAAGUAACGACUAUUGAUGGCAGAUCUUAUGUGGGCCAACUCCUAGCGUUCGACAAACACAUGAACCUUGUCCUCGCAGACACUGAGGAAGCCAGAGUCACUAAAAAGCUGUAUCAGGAGCUUGCGAAGAAUAAAGCCGAGGGACAAGUUAAAGCUACCGAGGAGAAACGAUUCUUGGGGCUCAUUGUCUUGAGAGGAGAGCAGGUUGUUGGAUUCACUAUUCAGACUGGCCCUACAGCUGACAUGAAGAAACGUUUCAAUCAACUCAAACAAGGUAAGGGUGUUUCGAAGCCUUUGAAGGUACCGGUCAGUCAGAAAGCCAAACUUCAAGGCCCUACGAAGAAGUAA